AUUAUACUGUGGCUAAAAUUUUACUAAUGAAUUGUUUUCUUUGCAGUACAUCAUGCAGAUCUUCGUGAAAACCCUCACUGGAAAGACUAUUACUCUUGAAGUAGAACCUUCAGACACCAUUGAAAAUGUAAAGGCAAAAAUUCAGGAUAAGGAAGGCAUCCCCCCAGACCAGCAGAGAUUGAUCUUUGCUGGUAAGCAGUUGGAGGAUUGUCGCAUUCUUUCUGACUACAAUAUCCAGAAGGAAUCUACACUCCAUUUGGUAUUGCGUCUUAGAGGAGGAAUGCAAAUCUUUGUGAAAACCUUUACAGGAAAGUUUACCCUAGAAGUAGAACCUUCAGACACCAUUGAAAAUGUAAAGGCAAAAAUUCAGGAUAGGGAAGGCACCUCCCCAAAGCUGCAGAAAUUGAUCUUUGCUGGUAAGCAGUUGGAGGAUUGUCGCAUUCUUUCUGACUGCAAUAUCCAGAAGGAAUCUACACUGCGUCUUAUUAGAGGAGGAAACAACAUCUUUGUGAAAACCCUUACCCUUACAGGAGAGAUAAUUAUCCUAGAAGUAGAAUCUUCAGAAGAUAUCCAUAAGGAACUAGAAGUAGAAUCUUCAGAAGAUAUCCAUAAGGAACUUAUACUCUCCCCUUUGGUAUUGCGUCAUAGAGGAAUACAGAUCUUUGUGAAAAAAUAA